AUGAGUAGUAAAAAUUCACCAUAUAAAGCUAAAAUUAUAUCAAUUGAAUCUUUACAACAAGGUAAAUGGAUUCAAACAAAAAAAAUAAAUUAUUCUGAUCCUGACGGUAAUGAUAAACAAUGGGAAAUGGCUAUAAGAACUACAAGAUCAAAAGAAGUAAAUGUUGAUGCUGUUUCAAUAGUGUCAAUUUUACAUCAUCCAAAAGGUAAAGAAUUAGUUUUAGUUAAACAAUUUCGUCCUCCAACAGAAAAAGUUGUAAUUGAAUUACCUGCUGGUUUAAUAGAUCCAAAUGAAACAAUUGAAACAACUGCUGUUCGCGAAUUAUUAGAAGAAACUGGUUAUCAUGGAGUAUUUAGAAAACAAUCUCCAAUUACAUUUUCAGAUCCUGGUUUAACAAAUGCAAAUAUGGUAUUAGCUCAUGUUGAUGUGGAUUUGAAUAAUCCAAAAAAUAAACAUCCAAAACCACAAUUAGAAGAUAAUGAAUAUAUUGAAACUUUUAGUUUACCAUUGGAUAAUUUAUUAAAUUCUUUAGAGUUGGUAAUGAAGAAAGAAAGUUGUACAGUAGAUGCUAGAUUGUAUCAUUUUGCAAUGGGUUUAGAAUUAAAUAAAUAG